AUGACAGCUGACGCGAUGCGUGGCGAUCAUGUCUACGCAAUGAUGGCGCUCGCUGCGGUGCUUGUCGCUGUGUACACCGCGCUGUAUGGAUUGUACAUUGACUCCUCCACGUCGACGUUGUCAUCAACAAGUGCGCCACUUGAUACAGAGUCGCUGCGUGCAUGGACUCGAGCUACUUCACGCUCUUUGGUGUGGGGCACAUAUCGUCCAGGACUCUAUUUUGGUCUUCGAUCCCGUGCGGUGCCUAAUUUUGUGUCUGCAGGACUCUUAUGGACGUCACAACUGGACGACGUGUCCCAACUCCGACACGAAUGUCGCCAAGAGGACCAACUUCAACGUUAUGGGUGGCUCGAGCACGACGGGACCAGUUACGGACGCCAGCGCAUCGAGGACCAAUUCAAUCGACUUGAUCUUACGACGAGCUACGUCCGGUUGCAGACAGAGACCGUGCAGGGAUGGGGCGUUCGAGUGGAUGCCGCACCUUUGAUGCCGCGGGACGAGAAGCUCCGUCGUCGACAAGUCCCGAGUCAAAACAAAGUUUCGCUCUUUUUCUACGUGGAUUUAGGCUGUGAAGACGAGAGUUUGGACGCGAGCUGCCGUUACAAGCUGCAGAACCUCGUGCAAGUGACGGCUGAGCCAAUGCUGGUGCCGUGUGGACAAGAAGAGCAAGACGCGGAGUGUGUGCAGAUGGUGGUGGCAAGUGACGGACUGGAGACGGACGAGGCGAUGACAGCUGACGUUGCGCCUGGUUUGGCCUUCCAGAUGCGUAUGCAGCUCAAGACUCGACAGGCUGUGCGUGGCGUGCAGCUGCACUAUGCUGGACUAAAAGACACGAAUGUGAUCAAUGUGAAGGAGAGACUUGUGUCACUCGCACGUCGUCCAGAUGGUGAGGAAGAGGCGGUCGAGAACUGGCAAGUGGACAAGGAGAUUUCGCUCGAUGAUCAUAUUGAAGAAGGCAGCACGCUGGUGAUUGUACAAGCGAUUGUUGACGUGGACGUUGCCACGUUCAAAGCGGGAGAUAUCACGCUGGAUGUACUGUUCAAUGAGGCUGAUGCGUCUUUGACUGGGGCUGACGUGGCGAAAACUGCCAUUGAUCAUGUGGUCACUGAAAAGCUAGCUGAGUCCUCGCAGCGCUUUACGGAUAAAUUUGAGGAAAGCUUUCGUUUGUCGACUAAAACGUGGCCGAUACACGAUGAAGACGACGACAUCAGCGACGAUGAGUCUGCGUUCAACGAAAGCCUCACGACGUUUGCAAAGGCAGCCUUCAGUAACUUGAUUGGUGGCACGGGCUACUUUUAUGGAAGUUCGUUGGUGCAGCAUGACUCAGAAAAGCCCGACGUUGUCGAGUCAUCCAUGGAGCCGCUGCUCACAGCAGUUCCAUCGCGGUCGUUUUUCCCUCGAGGUUUCAUAUGGGACGAAGGCUUUCACCAACUUGGAGUGUCGGUAUUUGACGACCGUGUAACGCGGGACGUGACCGCACACUGGCUUAAUCUCAUGGAAAAGGACGGUUACAUCGCUCGUGAACAGAUCCUUGGCCAAGAUGCUCGUCAACGCGUCCCGGCUGAGUUUCUGAUUCAACAUGCGGAACAUGCAAACCCUCCUACACUUCUUCUGGCUGUGGAAAAAAUGGUGCAGCGGCGCUCGAACGCCACCUUGGAUAACGAACUGCAAGAGUUUGUGCGUACGAUGUUCCCGUUUCUCAAGCGCUGGUAUAACUGGUUCUUGGCGACGCAGUACGGACCACACAGCGAUAGCUUUCGCUGGCGCGGUCGUCGAUUGAAUGAUGGCAAGCUGAUUGCAAACACGCUGUCUUCUGGUCUGGACGACUAUCCGCGUGCGUCACUUCCCAGUGAAAACGAAAUGCAUGUGGAUCUACUUUCGUGGAUGAUCCGAGCAAGCGAUAUUAUGGCGCAUCUUGCAGACUUCCUCGGCCAGGAUAGCGACAUCCAUUACUUUGAAGCCAACCGUGCACACUUUUUUGCUGGAUUGGACAAGCACCACUGGAACGAAGAGGCUCAGUCGUAUUUCGAUGUAGGGGAGCACAGUGAAGACGGUAGUAUUGAGUAUCAAGUCGCUGUUCGGUGCCGCAAUGAUCAGGGCAAGGUGGCUGAUGCGACUGCUUCCAAGGCGCUGGUGGAAGCAAAGAAAGUGAAAUGUCCAGCGAGUCACCCCCGCUUCAUGUUUCCACUGGGCGACGGUCGUGGCGGGCUACAACUGUUGCCUGUCUUCAUUCCUCGCACGACAAAGCUGCAGCAUGUAAAGCACGUUGGGUACGUCAGCGUGUUCCCACUUCUCCUGAAGUUGCUGCCACCGGACUCGCCGAAGCUGCUUGCGCUGCUCCAGCAGAUCAUCGACCCCGCACAGCUAUGGUCUCCUUUCGGGCUUCGUUCGUUGUCGACACAGGACCAGUUUUUCGAGCAAGAAAACGCGCCUGGAGACAAUCCCUACUGGCGUGGAGCUAUCUGGAUGAACGUCAACUAUCUGGCACUAGAUGCACUGCAUCACUAUGCGCAGCCGAUCACGGGAAGUCCGUAUCACCUGGAGUUUCGGAAAGCAUACACUGCACUACGGGUGAACGUGAUUGCCAAUGUAUAUCGGGAGUACGAGCGUACUGGGUAUCUAUGGGAACAGUACAGUGGUGAUAUUCAUGGCGGACAGCAGUACGGUCGAGGGCAACGUUGUCAUCCGUUUUCAGGCUGGACAGCACUUGUGGUCAACAUCAUGGCGGAGAUGUACUAG